AUGAAGUCUUUCUCUUACCUUGCGCUUAUCAGCGCCUUGGCCCCCUUCACAGAAGCUGGUGCUGGAGCUAACGGCAUCGAUGUGCUCAUCCCUCGUGUCCCUCAGCAGAACACCUUCCCACUCACUGGACCUUCUCUCCCUGUCACCCCUCCCUCCCCGAACAAGACCUACGAGUACAUCGUGGUCGGUGGCGGCGCCGGUGGCUCCCCUCUGGCGGCCGAUCUUGCUCUUGCUGGCCACAGUGUCCUGCUCAUCGAUGCUGGUGGUGACUACGGUCACCUCCGCGAGGUCGAGACUCCGGCGCUGGGUAACCCUGCUUCGGAGAGAAACGAAGUCAGCUGGGGUUUCUUCACCCACCACUACGCAAACGAGACCCAGGCCCUCAGGGACAGAAAACUCACGUGGAUGACCCCUGAUGGCAACUACUACAGUGGUCAAAAUGUGCCUGAAGGCUCCACCAUGCUCGGUAACUUCUACCCUCGGUACGGCGGUCUGGGUGGUUGCUCCGAGCACAACGCCUUGGUCGGUGUCCUGCCCACUGAGAAUGACUGGGACUACAUCGCAAACAUCACUGGCGAUGUGAAGUUCCAGGCCGAGAACAUGAGGGAAUACUGGAAGCAGAUCGAGAAAGUCAUGUACCCGCUCCCGAACAACGACACCAGCGCCCACGGUACCGACGGAUGGCUCGGCGUGUCCAUCAAUCCUCAGGGCAUAGCUGCUCAGGACUUGAAGAUCUUGUCGGUCAUGAUUGGUGCCAUGGAGGCCCUUGGCUACUCGACCGAGUCUCUCUCCAACGCCAUCGCAGAUGCCACCGAUGUAUUCUCUCAAGAGGUUGGCGAUACCGCCGAGAUGCUUCUGCCCCUGAAUGUGACCCAAGGCAUCGUCGAUGCCCUUGGGGACAUCUUGGAAUGGGACGUCAACCGUGACACCCCGGACCGUGACACCAAGCAGGUCGUUGCCCGUCUCCCCAUGACCAUGACCACCGGCGACUACAGGCGUGCGUCCCCGCGUGACCUGGUCUACGACGUCGCUACCGCCACCAACCCCGACGGAUCCAAGAAGUACAAGCUCGACGUUGCCCUGCACAGCCUUGCCACCAAGGUCAACUUCGACACCACUGGCGACAAGCCCAAGGCCAUCAGUGUUGACUACCUCUUCGGCGAGUCCUUGUACCGCGCCGACCCCCGAUCCAGCCUCACUGAGGACACCGGUAUCCCCGGUACCGUCUCGGCUACUCGUGAGAUCAUCGUCUCCGGCGGUACCUUCAACACUCCCCAGAUUCUGAAGCUUUCCGGUGUCGGUCCCAAGGAGGAGCUCGAAAAGUGGGAUAUCCCCGUCGUCCUCGACCUCCCCGGUGUCGGCACCAACAUGCAAGACCGCCUCGAGGUUGGUGUCCAUGCCGACGCCACAAGCAACUUCACCAGAAUCCUCAACUGCACCUACCUCGGCACUGAGGAUGACCCUUGCUGGUCGCAGUACUUCAGCGAGGACAACCACGACUCCGAGAAGGGCACCUACGCCUCCAACGGCGUGCCUAUGGGUAUCUUCACCACAUCGUCUGUCGCGCAGGGUGGUGAGCACGACCUCUGGCUCGGUGGUUUCUCCGCCCUGUUCCCCGGUUUCUUCCCCGGUUACUCGACCGUCGCCGCUACCCCCGACGCCAAGAACCACUGGUCGUGGCUGAUCCUCAAGGCGCACACGACCAACAACGCCGGCACGGUCCAGCUGGCCAGCACCAACCCGCGUGACACGCCCCGGAUCGACUUCCACAACCUGUACGAGGGCCAGACGACGGAGGCCGCCGACGCCGACGCCAUGGCGCUUGUCGAGGGCAUGAAGCUGGCCAUGAGCUUCUACGACCACAUCACCCCGCUCGACGGCGAGUUCGAGCGCAUCUGGCCGCCGCAGGACGUCCAGACGGACGAGGAACUGAAGCAGUGGAUUAUUGACGAGGCUUGGGGCCACCACGCCUCGUGCUCGGCCGCCAUCGGCGCCGAUGAUAACCCGAUGGCGGUGCUCGACGGCCAGUUCCGCGUCCGCGGCAUCGACGGGCUCCGCGUCGUCGACGCCUCGGCCUUCCCCAAGAUUGUGGGCACCUUCCCCGUUGUUGGUGUUAUGUUGCUCGCCGCGAAGGCUAGGGACGACAUCCUUGCAGACAUCAAAUAG